AUGGUCGCCAGCUUCCUGGUUCUGGUCUUGUUUCUAUAUUAUUACCAUAGCAAACGAUGCUGUAAAGAUCACCCCCUUGUCACAGAAUGGCCUAUACUCGGCAUGUUGCCACCAUUUCUUGGUGAUCUGUGCCACUUCCAAGACUUGCUAACUCACGCUUUGCAAACACAAGGUGGUACUGCAAACUUCCAUGGACCAUCGUUCACUGAGAUCAACUCUCUCAUGACCUGUGAUCCCAUGAACGCACAUCACAUCAUGAGCAAGAACUUCGGCAACAACGUGAAGGGGCCUAAGUAUCGCAGGAUUUUCAGAGCUUUCGGAGAAGGGGCUCUUGUUGCAGAUUUAGACUCGCAACCGCUUGACGUGGAUCUGCAAGACGUGUUCAAUCGCUUCAGCUUCGACACUAUUAGCUCCGUACUCUUGGAACGCGACCCAAAGUGCCUUGCUGUUGAUUUUCCAGAAAUUGCAUGGGAGAGAGCUUUAAAUGAAUCCGAGGAGUUUUUACUCUACAGAUACGUAGUGCCUAGAAGCGUCUGGAAGCUUCAGAGGUGGCUCGGAAUUGGACCAGAGAAGAAAAUGGUCAAAACAAUCGAAACUUUUGACCAAUUCCUCCUUGGAAGUAUAGCAUCAAAGAGAGAAGAGAUCAGGCAAAGGAAGGAAAUGAAGAAGAAAGAGGACGAUGAUCAUGACUUGCUAAUGGCAUUACUGAUGAAGGAGGAAGAAGGAAAACAACACUUUGAUGACAGGUUCUUGAGGGACUCUGCUUUUACUCUAUCUCUUGCAGCCAAGAUUCUUGAAGAGAUCAAACAAGGAAAGGAAGUGAAAGAUCAAUUAUAUCUCCACGGUGCUCUCUGCGAAGCUUUGAGGUUGUAUCCACCCAUACCCAUAGUACGAAGGCAAGCAAUCAAACAGGACAAACUUCCCAGUGGACACGAGGUUGGUCCUAAUACUGUGAUACUAUUAUCUUUGUAUGCCAUGGGAAGGUGUGCAGAGAUAUGGGGAAAAGAUUGCUUGGAAUUCAAGCCUGAGAGGUGGAUCUCAGAGAAAGGAGGCUUUCUUCAGAUGGUGGCUACUGCUAUCUUAAGGAAUUAUCAAGUCAGUGUGGUAAGAGAUCAUCCUGUUACUCUUGCAGUUUCAAUAUUGCUUAAGAUGAAGCAUGGCCUCAAA